UUGUGGAAGCUCAGUUAACGCCGUUUCAAAUAACUCCUUCAACCAUGGCAAAUAUUGUGAAAGGCCUGUAUACACUACGACCAGAAUGGGUACAGAUGGCACCAGGUUUAUUUUCUAAAUUCAUCCCAAAUAUUCUCCCCCCUGCUGUGGAAUCUGAGCUUCAGGAAUAUGCUGCUCAAGACCAGAAACUUCAAAGAGAGCUUAUGCAGAAUGGAUUUACUAGAGGUGACCAGUCACGCAAGAGAGCUGGAGAAGAGUUAACUUACAAUGGCUCAUCAGCAUGUGCAAGCUCCAGGGGAUACAGAUAGUGAAUAUACUGGAUCAGCUUCUAUUCCUAGCCAGAACAGACACUGGAGGAGCACAGGUGGCAUCCGGAGCCUCGUUUGGCAACUGCUGAUACUCGAGCUCUGACACAAACUAUGCCUCAAAGAAGAGUUUUGAACUUUCUUCUUUAUCUAAUAAAAUGUCAGUUGCUGCUACAAUUGGGAUGACUUUGAAAGAUGUGAUUCCUUGGUUUGCCCUCUCAACAAGUUCAUGUUCUGCAAUUUUUGUGAGGAAUGCACCUUGAAAACCAUCCUUUCAAAGUGGAAAUGGGCAGCCAAAAUCAGCAGCUUCCAAAAGCGUUAGAAUGGAAGAAUCUUUUUUGCACUCUUUUCUUAAUAUUAAGGACAUUCUUAAAACUAGUUAACACGUCAGUGUAUUAGUUUUUAAACUUCAAGGUAUUUUCUGGAGCCUUUACUUAAAUAAUAAGAAUAAAAUUUCAUUAUUUUGCAA